AUGGUCGUCUUCUAUGAUGAGAUCCCUGCCAAGCUGUUUGACUUUAUCGAGCGCCAGCCGCUCUUUUUCGUCGCAACGGCGCCCCUCUCUGCGCAGCACCGCGUCAAUCUCUCGCCCAAGUCUGCCACGGGCUGCUUCGAGCUCGUGGGUCCGCGCAAGCUGCGCUAUCUCGAUCUGACUGGCAGCGGCAACGAGACGAUCUCGCACCUCAACGAGGUCGGCAACGGCCGCAUCACCGUCAUGUUUGUCAAUCUCGAAGAGGGCGCGCCCAACAUUGUGCGCAUGUAUGGCCGAGGCACGGUGCACGAGCGCUUCUUUGACGGCUUCUCAUCACGCGUCCAAGACAGGCAUCCACCCGGGACGCGGGCGCUGAUCGAGGUCGACGUGGCGAUGUGCAGCACCUCGUGCGGCUUCAGCGUGCCCAUCUAUGCGUACCUCCGCGAGCGCCAGACACUGGCCGAGUGGGCUAGGAACAUGGAGUCGUGGGGUGUGGAGCGGGCGGAGAAAAAGUACGGCUUUGUCACCUCCGACGUGCCCUCGUUCCCCAACGCCAACUCCGAUGCCGACGCGAAAGGGGGCGGCGAUGAGGGAGAGGGCCAAGUCAGCUUGCGGGUGGCAAGGACGGCGUGGGAGGCGUACCUGCUCUUCAAGAAUGCAAGGUCCAUCGACGACCUCCCCGGCCUCGUCGUUGCAGGGAACAACCGACGAAUCACCGCGCCUCGGGCGACGAAGGGCGAUUUAGACGUUUUCCGACCGACAAGAACAAGUCCGCCCUCAUCUGCCACAGCGGCGGCGGCGACGGCAUCCGCGUCGGCUCUUCAACGUCAGAAGGCGCGCUCCCUGGACCGCCACGAUGUCGUCAUUGCCGCAAAUGCCUUCUGUCUCGGCUCCCUCUUUACCAUUCUCAUCUCGUACCUCUUUUCUCUCACGCCUCAGCCUUAG